AUGAUUCUUCUGUUGUUCCUUCCUGAUGAUCCAAUUGAUUGUUGCAUUGAUGAUGACUUAGAAAUUCCUAUUUCCAUGGGGAAAGAGCCUGAGGAAUUGAGAGCUCUCAGAAGGGAGUCUAUUUGGGAGCUAGUGGAGUUACCAGAAGGAAAGAAAACGGUUGCUUGCAACUUGCAAGUGAGAUGUAAUUAA